UUCAGCAAGAUACAAAAGGAAGGAAAAGUCUGCAAAGAGAAAACUACCUUUCACUGAAUCAGGAUGUCUAAGCUUGCAGAGAGAACCCUUUUCCUUUUCUACAUUUCAACACAGAUUUGCUCCCAGAUCUUGGCGCUGGUGUGUCAGACAAGGUGCCUCUGUCCGCAGGAGCCUCCGCUGUGCGCCCCCGGGGUCCAGUUGAUUCUGGAUGACUGCGCAUGCUGUCUGGUCUGUGCGAGGCAGAAAGGAGAGGCGUGCUCAGAAAGAAGACCCUGUGAUACACACAGGGGUCUGAGCUGCGACUACACGGCCGAUGUACACCACAGGACAGGGGUCUGUGUCGCACAUGAGGGAGACAUCUGCCUGUUGGACGGUUCAGUGUAUCAGAACGGAGAGACCUUCUUCCCCAGCUGCAAGUAUCAGUGCACCUGCAGGGACGGUCAGAUCACCUGCGUGCCGCGCUGCAACCUGGACGUGAUGCUGCCGGGCCCAGACUGCCCUCUACCCAGGAAGGUGGCGGUCCCAGGGGAGUGCUGUGAAAAGUGGGUAUGUGAGCCCCAACCAGAGGCCAGUGCCUUGGGAAGCUUCGCCAUGGCUGCCUACCGACAGGAGGAGACAGUGGGCUUUGACUCGUGGGACCCCAGUACUAACUGCAUAGAGCAGACUACGGAGUGGGGCGCCUGCUCUCGCACCUGUGGCAUGAGCAUCUCCACCCGGGUCACCAACAAGAACCCCCGCUGUGAGAUGGUCAAGCAGACGCGUCUGUGCAUCGUCAGGCCCUGCGACAAACAGCAGCAGAAGGAUGUUCCUAAGAGAGGAAGCAAGUGCCUGAGGAUGAAGAAGGCGGUGAAACCCAUCCGGUUCAGCUAUAAGAACUGCACCAGCGUGCUGACCUACAAGCCCCGGUACUGUGGUGUGUGUACGGACGGGCGUUGCUGCACCCCCCACAGCACCGAGACAGUGCAGGUGGAGUUCCAAUGUGCUCAGGGUAAAGCCAUCAAGAAACCCGUGAUGUUCAUCAACACCUGCGCCUGCCACUACCACUGUCCCAGAGACAACGUCGUACAUCGACCAUCAGACCUGGUCUACAGCGGUUACAGGUUAUAACGCUGUUACCACAGACACAACGACAGUUUCUCCUAUUCCUCCGUGACGGUAGUAUUGUACUGUAGUCGGGUGACUCUAUAUGUUCGUGACUCUAUAUGUUCUUGACAACAUCUCCCUGAAGGCGUAUGGUUGGUCUCAGGAGGGAGAAUCUCAAUUGCAUACUUAUCGCGUUCCUCUCUCCUCGCCUCCUUCUCAAAACCCAUUGGAUGAGAAAGCCAGAUGUUCCACCCCUCUGACAUUCUCCUCCAAUGGAUUUUGAGAAGGAGGCGAGGAGAGAGGGUGCGAGGAGAGAGGACGCGAGGAGUCAGCACUUAGCUACCUUUACAGAAUGGAUGAGCAUGCUUUCUGCAUCUGAUAUAACUGGAAACGUUGUGCUUUAGUGUAUCAUAACCACAGAGUUUUCCUUUUCUGCUUACUGCAAACGGCCUCAGUGAUCAUACACAGCUCCUGGGUCAGUUUUAAACAGCCUCUGACUCAAACGGCCCCAGGAGAUCAUACACAGCUCCUGGGUCAGUUUCAGACAGCCUCUAACUGUUCCAGAGGUAUUUCCGAAUUUUUUAUUUUUUUUAUUUUUAUUUUUAUUACCUUUAUUUAACCAGGCAAGUCAGUUAAGAACAAAUUCUUAUUUUCAAUGACGGCCUGGGAACAGUGGGUUAACUGCCUGAUCAGGGGCAGAACGACAGAUUUGUACCUUGUCAGCUCGGGGGUUUGAACUCGCAACCUUCCGGUUACUAGUCCAACGCUCUAACCACAAGGCUACCCUGCCUCCCCUUGCCUAACCACGAAAUAGCACUUGAAAUGAGGCUACCUACAAUCAUUUCAAGUGCAAUGUCUGCACGUCCAACAAUUCUCCAGCUGCACGUCACACAAAAAAAUGUCUGGUGAAAGCAACACCUGCUCGCUGUUGUAUUUGUUCUGGUGAAAACCUGUGUUUCUAACC